GACGUGUACGGCUUCACGAUGGCCCCCGUGAGCGCCGAGAUCUGGCGCGGCGCGGCGGGCAAGGUGGCGCUGCAGCCUGUGCCGGCGUCCGCCCUGGCCACGCGCCCCGCGGCGCUGCACCGCAUGGACCUCGCCACCAUGGCCCCGCGCGACCAGGACUUCACGGCCGAGGUCGUCAUGGCCGCGCAGGAGCCCGCGUCAGCUGAGGGGGGCGGCGCCGCUGUGGCGCCUGCGGCCGUGAGCUGUGUGGUGCUGUGGUUUGAUGUGGAGUUCAGCGCGCGCUUCUGCGCGCAGCGGCCGGUGGUGCUGUCGACCUCGCCCGCAGCGGAGCAGACGCACUGGGUGCAGGCCGUGCUGCCGCUGAAGGCGCCGCUGGAGCUGCCGGCCGGGGGCGCGCUGGCGGCGCGCGUGAGCAUGGCGCGCAGCCCUGCGCGGCACCGCGCCCUGGACGUGUCGCUCGAGUACGGCGUGCUGGCGGCGGGUGCAGGCAGCGGCGCUGGUGAGGGUCUGGGUGCCGCCCUGCGCGAGGCGGUGUCCUUCUGCAUGGAGAUAGGAGGCAAGGACUGA